AACACCUUCCCUGCAAGCAAAAUCUGUGAAAACUAGAAACUAGAAAGAUAAUCGAAAAUGCAGAGAUUCAAAUCUCUGCUACCACAAAGUAGGUUCUCAUUUCGAACGCUUUGCUCUUAUCGUCGAGCUUUCACUGCUCAACCAAAUUAUGUGGAGCACGACGAUGAUGAUCCACAGCAACAGAUUUUAGUUGAAGGAAGAGCAAAAUCGAGAGCAGCUAUUCUCAACAGGCCAUCAUCUCUGAACGCACUCACUACUUCAAUGGUUGCUCGGUUGAAGAGGCUGUACGAUUCCUGGGAAGAAAACUCUGAUAUUGGCUUUGUUUUGAUGAAGGGUAGUGGCAGAGCUUUCUGUUCUGGUGGAGAUGUUGUUAGGUUGUAUCACUCACUCAAUGAAGGAAAUGCUGAAGAAGCUGAACAGUUUUUCAAAACAUUAUAUUCGUUUGUAUAUCUUCAAGGGACAUAUCUUAAACCACAUGUUGCUAUUUUGGAUGGAAUAACAAUGGGAUGUGGAUCUGGAAUUUCUCUUCCAGGGAUGUUCAGUGUGGUGACUGAUAAAACUAUUUUUUCUCACCCAGAGGCUCAAAUAGGUUUCCACCCUGAUGCAGGUGCUUCGUAUUUGUUGUCUCAUCUACCUGGCCACUUAGGGGAAUAUUUGGCCCUUACAGGAGAUAAGCUUAAUGGUGUAGAAAUGAUUGCGUGCCGUCUUGCUACUCAUUAUUCACUAAAUGCAAGGCUUGCUUGGCUUGAAGAACGCCUUGGUAAACUGAUAACAGACGAUCCUUCUGUUGUGGAGUCAUCCCUAGCACAGUAUGGUGAUCUUGUUUAUCCAGACAGAAGCAGUGUCCUUCACAAGAUUGAUACUAUUGAUAGAUGUUUCAGCAACGAUACAAUGGAGGAAAUUAUUGACGCUUUGGAGGAGGAGGCAGCUGAUUCUUAUGACGAAUGGUGUUCGACAACUCUUAGGAAAAUAAGAGAAGCCUCCCCAUUGAGUUUGAAAGUUAUUUUACGAUCUAUACGUGAAGGUAGAUUUGAAACUCUUGAUCAAUGUCUUGUACGUGAGUACCGUAUAUCCCAUCGCGGAAUUUCUAAGCAUGUCUCCUCUGAUUUCUUUGAGGGUGUUCGGGCACGAAUGGUUGAUAAAGACUUUGCACCAAAGUGGGACCCACCUAGUUUAAAAGAUGUAUCAGAGGACAUGGUUGAAUACUAUUUCUAUCCGUUUAACGAAGUUGAGUCUGAACUGGUGCUGCCAACGGCAUUGCGAGAACCUUACAUGUGAAACAGACAUACCUUCCAUUAAUGCUUAUCUUUAGCAAGGGUAAGCCAAAUAAGUUCUAAUUUUGUUGUCAAAAUUCGUGUAUUGUAAUUCUAUGUUUUUUCUUUUUAUUAAGUAAAUUACAUUUGCUUGAGAUUUGUCAAAAUGAAAAUUCUAAACU